UUGCUACCUGGAAAAGACAACAAACCGUCUGUGUAAACUCCUAUUAUUCUUAAUUGUUUUCUGCUAAACAUUCGGAAAUAUUACGCUGUAUCACUUCAUUGCAGAACGAAAAAUGGAAAAUGUGCAUCUGGCUAUGGAGGAGGAAGAUCUUUAUUCAGGUUACAACGAUUAUAAUCCGACUUUUGACUCCGAGGAGUUGGAGAAUGAUGUGGACUUCCAGCAAGCUGUAAGGACCAGUCAUGGAAGAAGACCGCCGAUGACUGCAAAAUUUCCUGGCACAGCUAUUGGAACUCGGACUUUAGGUUCUUCCUUUGGAUCUCGUGUUCCCCUGGCAUCUUCAAUGGGCAGACCUAUGACAGGAGCUGUGCAGGAUGGAGCAGCUAGACCAAUGACUGCUGUCAGAGCAGCAGGUUACACCUCCUCCCUCGUCCGUGGCUCUGCCUUUGACCCUCUGGGCCAGGCUAGGGGCCCUGCUCCUCCGCUUGAAGCAAAGAACGAGGACACGCCUGAGGAGAAGAUCAAGAUCCUGGAGAGGAAAGUGAAUGACCUGAUAAAAGAGAGCUGCAUGGCACAGAGCAUUGGAGCCCUACAACUGGCUCUUGAAAAAGCUAAAGAGGCUGGAAGGAAGGAGAGAGCACUCGUGAGACAGAGAGAACAGACGGGAAACACCGACCACAUCAGUUUAGACCUCACCUACUCGGUUCUGCUCAACCUUGCCAACCAAUAUGAAAACAAUGAAAUGUACCCAGAGGCUCUGAAUAGUUACCAGGUCAUCGUGAAAAACAAGAUGUUCAGUAACGCAGGCCGCCUGAAAGUAAACAUGGCCAACAUCUACGUCAAACAAAAAAACUACACCAAAGCCAUCAAGUUCUACCGGAUGGCGCUGGAUCAGAUCUCGGAUGCUCACAAGGAAAUGAGGAUCAAGAUCAUGCAGAAUAUUGGAGUGGUCUUUGUCCACCAGGGCCAUUACUCAGAUGCUAUAACAUCAUUUGAACACAUCAUGAGUGAGAGCCCAAACAUCAAGACGGGCUUCAACCUCAUCCUGUGCUACUACGCUAUUGGGGAUAGGGAGAGGAUGAAGAAGGCCUUCCAGAAGCUUAUCUCUGUUCCUCUGGAGAUUGACGAUGACGACAAAUAUAUCCCAACCAAUGAUGACACCACCUCUAAUAUGGUCAUCGAAGCCAUUAAGAAUGACAACCUUCAUCAGAUGGAAAGAGAUCUAAAAGCUCGGGCUGAGAAGUACAUCAUGACUGCUGCCAAGCUCAUUGCUCCAGCUAUUGAGACAUCUUUUGCCACUGGAUUUGACUGGUGUGUGGACAUGGUGAAGAGUUCUCCAUAUACUGAGCUUGCCAACGAUCUGGAGAUAAACAAAGCCAUCACCUACCUCAGACAGAAGGACUUCAACCAGGCUGUGGAGACACUGAAAACAUUUGAAAAGAAGGACAGCCGAGUGAAGAGUGCUGCGGCAACCAACCUCUCUUUCAUCUACUUUUUGGAGAAGGACUAUGACCAGGCUGAUAAAUAUGCAGACCUUGCCAUAAACGCUGAUCGCUACAAUCCUGCAGCACUCACCAACAAAGGCAACACAGUUUUCGUCAAACAAGACCAUGAAAAGGCUGCAGAGUUCUAUAAAGAAGCUCUGAGGAAUGAUUCCUCCUGCACUGAAGCUCUCUACAACCUUGGUCUAACCUAUAAGAGACUGAAUCGUCUGGAGGAGGCUCUGGAUUGCUUCCUGAAGCUUCAUGCCAUUUUGAGGAACAGUGCUCAGGUCAUGUUCCAGCUGGCCAGCUUUGGCUACAUAUAUGAACGUCUUGAUGACUCCCAGCAGGCGAUUGAGUGGUUGAUGCAGGUCAUCAGUGUGACUCCCACUGACCCCCAUGUGCUGGCCAAACUGGGAGAGCUGCACAGCAGUGAGGGGGACAAAUCCCAGGCUUUCCAGUACUACUACGAGUCCUUCAGGUACUUACCCUCCAACAUGGAUGUGAUCGAGUGGCUCGCUGCAUACUACAUCGAGACACAUUUCUUUGAAAAGGCCAUCCAGUACUUUGAAAGAGCCACACUCAUUCAACCUACUCAGGUGAAGUGGCAGCUAAUGGUGGCAAGCUGCUACAGGAGAAGUGGAAACUACCAGAAAGCUCUGGAAACCUACAAAGACAUUCACCGCAAGUUUCCAGAAAAUGUUGAAUGCCUGCGGUUUCUGGUGAGGCUGUGCACCGAUAUGGGACUGAAGGAAGUCCAAGAAUACGCCACAAAACUGAAGAAGGUGGAGAAGAUGAAGGAGAUCAGAGAACAGAGGGUGAAGUCUGGGCGAGAGGGCAGCAGCAGAGGUCGAAGAGAAGGAAGAGAGGGCAGCGCAGGGAGUGCUGACACAGACAAAGCAGUUUCUCAGUUUGAGCCCAAACUGCUCAGUCCACUGUUGGACUCAGGGCGAGACAGUGGCCGCAGCAGCAGCAGCACUAAAGGAGAGCGUCUGAGCGCCAAGAUGAGGUCACUUCCUGGUUCGCAUGAGCCGUAUGAGGCGAGCAGCCCAAAAGAAUUAGAUGCAUCUUACAUGGACCCUCUGGGGCCGCAGAUGGAGAGACCGAAGACGGGUGCAAAGAAACGGGUGGAAGAUGACGACUUUGCAGAUGAAGAGCUGGGAGAUGAUCUGCUGCCGGAGUAGCUGCUUUCACUGUCCGCCUUUACUGCAACUCUCAACAUUUUCUGUUUUAUCUACUCUUUAAAAGGCAGGAAAAGUCAGCACAAAACAGAAUUAUUUUAAACACAACUCUUAAGUGAAAGGUGACAGGAUAAAGACUUUAUUUUCCAAAGGUACAAAUGAGAAUCCAAUGACUGCUGGAUUUCUCUCCAAAGUUAGCCAUCUUUGCCUUAAACCUAAUGUCUUUAUGGGACAAAAGAAAGCUGAAUGUUGUUUAAUAUUAACACAUAUCUAUAAAAUUAAUACCCACAAGCUAAAAACAAGCCAUUAAGGAUGAUGCUUGCAUUGACGUCUGUAACUGUUUAGGCAGUUUUGUUUUUGGUCUGUGCUCCAGCUGAAUACAUUUCAAAUCAAACAAUUUUAAAGUGAUUGAAGUUUCAAGAUAUACAGUAAUUUAGAAAAGAUUACAUUCAUUUAGGAAAGAAAUUGUCCACUGCACAUUGAAUAUGACUUUAAUUUGACUUUAUUAUGUGCAAACAGUGCAGUUUGACCAAAGAUUUCUCAGCUUUGCCUGACAAAAGUCUCAGUAAAAUCAUCUUCAGGGUACAUUAGAUAAUUUCCUCUCUAACUUUAUGUUCCUGCAGCCAAAGCUGACCACAGGUUGGUUGUGGAUGGGAGUCCUAUUAUCAUGGAGAUUGGGUACAUACUGGACAAAGUGAGUAAAUUUGUGAGCUUUUUAGACAUACUUUUCCUCCCAGGAGUCUGAGUUCUUUACUGCUCAUCCAAUCCACAUGUGAACACCCUCACACCCUGAAAGCCUUGAAUCCAGCGCUGGGGCACAGAGCCAAAACAAUGAAAAACAUUUCAUUGUCCUGAUAUUUUUGCGUUGUACAUUUCCAUGUGUGAGCGUGGGAAACUUAUGGAAAACCCAUCGACAGUGAGAAACCCAGCAUAUUCCAUCCAUUUUGAGCUCCGUUCCUUUAUUUUUUAUACAGUUUGUACUUGUUCUAAAAAUGUUGAUGUAAUAUUUAUUUUUUCUAGUCUAAAGUUGUUGAUGUACAGUGUAUCAUAUUAAAUAUGAAACUUGAGCUGUGUCAUUCUGAGUUAA